AAACCAGACGUGUGCCCUGGGACUGGAGGACAAAAGUAUGCUGGGGGAGACUGGACUCAAAGCUCAUUUGAGGGCUACAGGACGCAAGGCAACGCUACGAUAUGCUUAGGAGAGGACAACAAAGGGACGAACAUUCUUACCAGAGGAAGCCAUGCCACAUAAAAUCAGAAGGGAACAAUAACCAGCCAGACGAACAACAUCGUCUUCAUCACGCCAACAAAUCACGAAACAGUCCGCCCAGUGCACACUUAACCCAAACUCGACACCCAAAAUACCGUACCAAUUUCGCACUCGCAUUGCCAAUCUCAGUACGCCGGCCCCCGUGGCCAUUACGGCCGAUUCCAACCCAUCCACUGGCUGCACUACGGACAGCCCGGACAGUAGCCGACGGUUUGGAUGGCCGCGGCGGGCCAUUCCUCAGCCGUCAGGAUCCGCCGGAGGGCAGCCUCGCGCAGGCCGAGCUCGUAGCCAAAGGCAUACACAUUGUCGCCGUGGUCAACGAAGUUGUUUCGCAGCUCGACGAGUCGCUGGACGCUGGGGUGGAUGUUAGGGUGGAAGUGCAUGUUGGCCGGUUCGGCGCGCUUCGCCGCGGUUGAGUGCGGCUUCUUUCUCUCAUGAGCAUCGCUUGGAGGAGUCGGGCUCGCUGGGCGAUGUGGUGGUGGGUUUGGCUCUCAGAAUUGGGGACGUUGUUGUGGAGUUCGUCCUCGUCCUCUUCCUCGUCGUCGUCCUCGUUGUCGGCUGAGGCGUA